AACCUUAGUUAAGGGAAUUAUUCUGAUGUAGGGAAGUUGGCUAUUUUGUAUGGUGGGCGGUUAUUGAGGAAUCUGUCAAUGUGUAAGAAUAAUUUGUCCCUAAAGCAUUAACUAACCUCCUCUCUUCACAAAAAAGAAUUGAUUUUUAAUCAGAUUGGUAUAUUCUUUUUUCUUUACUUGUAAAAUUUAUAGUAAUAUCUUUGCCUUUAAAUCUUGUGGUAGCUCUUCAUUGUUCUGCAUUACAGUGUUAAACAAGUGUAUUGUAGGCUGAAGCUGUUAGCAUCAGUACCAUGGGUGAAACUUGUAUGACAGGAGAGAUUGUGAAGGAGAUUAGCCUGAAGGAUAUCUCUAAAAAACUCGAAGAAUUCGCUCAGGCACGAAACUGGGAGAAGUAUCAUAGUCCCAGGAACUUACUUCUUGCCAUGGUGGGUGAAGUCGGAGAGCUGUCCGAGAUAUUCCAAUGGAAAGGAGAGGUGGAAAAAGGCUUACCAAAUUGGGAGGACUCAGACAAGGAGCAUCUGGGUGAAGAGCUAUCUGAUGUGCUGCUAUAUCUCAUCAGGCUGUCUGAUAUCUGUGGCAUAGACCUUGCUGAUGCAGCCCUGAAAAAAAUGGUGAAAAACGCGGUUAAAUACCCUGUCAAUAGGCUUUAAGGCUGUUUCAUUUUCCAUUCAAGAUCAACCAAUCAAGACAUCUAAGUGUGCAAUGGUGUAGUUGAGGAAAUGCAACAAUUUUAUAAGGCAAUUUUCUUGGUGUUUAAUUUCUUUUUGCUAUAGUCGAGCUUGAGUUAUAUUGGCUCAAUCGUGUUCCCAAAUGUACAAAUUUAAAACUGAAAAGAUGAUCAAAUUAUCAAGUAUGUGUAGAGUAGUAGCGGAAAGAAAGCAAUUGUAUCAUAUAAUGGACAUGAACAUGAUGCAAUAGAUUGGGCCUGUUUGAA